AUGCAUUCAUAUCAACAACAAGGACUUAUUGAGUUACUAUAGAGUAAUUCAAAUAUAGCAAUCGAUCGUUAAUUGAUAAGUUAAUUAUAUAAUAAAUGCAUGCAAGAUGUAAAUAGCUGAAUUAGUUGUAUAGCAUAAAUAAUGCACACUUUAGUAAUUUGAAAAAGUGUAUAGGGAUGCAAUUCAAUUGUUGAGUCAGAAAAUAGCAAACUCAAAAUAAUAACUAUAGGAAGAGAAGGAUAAUUUAACAGCAAUAGAUGAGAGAUUGAAAAAUACACCAUAGAUUAAUAACAAUAGUAAUAAAACACCUAUGAGAUUGAUUAUUCACUAAGCAUCAGUAUUGAAUUUAUAGGUUCACAAUAAAUUUAUGGUUGGAUCUUAUGCAUUUUAUAUGAAGAUAGAGGAUUAUUAUGAAUAUGAGAGUGACUUUAAGCCUAGCUAUAAUUUACAAUUUUAGAUAAAUCAAACAAUCGAUAUUUUGGAUGUUGGUGAUAGUAUUCUGUUAGCUUUGAAUACAAAUACAUAGAAUUAGAUGAACACUACUAUAGUUAUACCAACAUACUCUUUGUAGUUUAAUAAAAAUGUUACUGAAUUACUCACAUAGAAAGAGAAUGAUGAAUUAUUAGAAAUUGAAAUCACUUAUGAAAUUAAGGUUUUAGAUUAUAAGUUAUUAAAUCUUCAAUUAAAUUAAGCUCGUAAUUUAGUGUUAUCAUAUAUUAAAAAAUUUGAAGAUGAAUUAGAAGAUUAUUCAUUGCAACUCUAAGACCUUAGAUAAAUUAAGAUUCCUUAGAAUAAUGAAAUUUCAAAUGAGUUAAAUGAUGGAUAACAAAAUCUUAGUAGAUAAGAACCAUCUCAUAAUACAUAUACUAUUGGAGUUCCAGAUUAUUAUCACAAACCUUUGGAAUUGUAGAGUUAAGAUUUUUAAUAGAAUCCUCAGAUCGAGGAAAGAUAAUUAAGUAUUAUACCUUAUAUUAUUGGAAUUGUUUUGGCUUCUUUUUGCAACAUUUUUAUAAAUGUUUUGUUUGAAUUAUCGUUUUUAAUGAUUAUUUUAAUACUGGUGUUAAAAGACGAUCGAACUAAUUUAUUUACAAAAUUAUUAAUCUUAUUAUCAUGGAUAAUGUUUGGAUUAAAUUUAUGGUUGCAUUAAUCUUAAAUUUUAAUCAACAUAACAAGUAUAUAAAUAGGAUGGUUAGGAUUAUGUAUAUUAUAAUUAUAUAAAAUUUAUUUAAUUUUUUUAUGA